GUGUGUUCUGCGUGUAACCAGUGCAAGUGUUGGUGCAAGGUUUGAUAGUGUUGUCUCUUACAAGGGCUUAGUCGCUGCUCUUCGUCGUCAUGUCAUAGAAUAAAUAACCUUGGUGUGAACAACAAAAUAUGAAUGGAGAUAAUAUAUAUACAUAUAUAUAAUUACAGAUUUAGGUGAAAUAUGGUGAAAGUCUCACAGAUUUCUGAUUCUACGUUUUGGUGACACAAGCGAGAAAUGGAACUGAAAGUAAUUGUCGACGGUUUCGUCCGGGUGGUAUGUGGGGUGAGCGAGGAAACAACAUGCCAGGAUAUCGUCAUUGCACUUGCACGCGCCAUCGGCCGGGCAGGUCGUUUCUCUCUGUUGGAGAAAUGGCGCAAUCAGGAACGUUCUUUACCACCUUGGGAGAAACCAUUUCUAGUUCUGCAGAAAUGGGGCCAGUAUGCAUCAGACGUGCAGUUUAUCUUGCAGCAAACGGAUACUGUACCUGCAACUGCUGCAACUAAAAAACCUAACGAAUGUCUUGAUAAAUCUGGUGCUUCGUCCAAUGAUGCCGUGAGGGCACAGAAUUUGUCCCCAAUAUCAUCUCAAGCUCAAGAUUACAGUGUGAAGAGGUCGUUAACUUUCAGUGGAGCUAUGUACAGUUCCCAAGAGAAACCGAAACCCUCUCGCUCACAUACACGGCGCAGCCUUCCUCUCAGCACCACAAAUGAGUCCUCCAUAGCAUCUUCACAAACUUCUUCCCAAUCACAUCAUCAUCAUUAUAAUAACCAAGUCCCAAAGCAGCCACAAUAUCGCGUUAAUUCUUCAUCACCAUAUCAGCAGAAUCGACCAGAACCAUCACAUUCAAAUCAACCCUAUACACGACAACAACAACACCACCACCACCAACAAUCACAACAACAACAACAACAAAAAUUAUUUCAAAACCAACAUCCAUAUAUACAGAAACCCAUAUCUUCCAUUAAACCUCAACCAAAACCUCGAAAUCUUCCACUAAAACCUAUUAAUGAGAAACAACCAGUUCGAACUAUUGGCACUGUGUCUCCUAUACAGAGUUACAGCCAUUUGUCUCUAUCUACAAAUCAGGACUUACCAAACAGAAUAUCGCACAAUAAUGUUCCGGGACCAAAUUCCCAAAAUACAACUGGCAAUGUUGGGGAUUCGUCUAUGAACAACAAUUAUUACAGCAGAAAUACCAAGCCUAAUAAUAAUAAUAAUAAUAAUGACAGUAAUUCUCACAGUCAUCUACAGACGUUUAAAAGUGUUCAUAACGAUGUUGACAAAGUCUUGUCUGAGAAAUCAACUUAUAAUGAGUUUAAGGAUAAUCCAGACAUUGACGAGGAUAAGAGUAAAGUGUUAAGUUCCUUCCAUUCUAGCACCAACAAAACUAUUUUGCAUGAUAACAGGAUUCUAUCAGACAUCGAAGAAUAUGAUCUUGAGAAAAAUUACCCCUUUUCAGCCGUGUCUCCAAUGCCGAGCAAAACGGCAGAGUAUUACAGGAUACAGGGACAAAACUAUGUUGACCAACUGACCAGAGAUCGGGAUCCUCAGAUUUUGUAUCAAUUGAUUGAUCAACAGCAUAAUGAAAUUGAAUUAAAAAAGACCUUAAUUAAGGAUUUAGAACAAGAAAUUGUCUCAGCUGAAGAAUUACUUGAAAACAGAAAAGAAAUUGCAGCUUUUGAAAGUUUGUCCGACAGUUACACAGAGGAAUUGAGUGAGAUUGAGAAUGAGGACUGGCAAGGUGUUGUGGACCAGGAACUCCGCAAUGAGGAAGCGUUGAAGUCGGAAUUGGCCAACCACAGACAGGAACUUCAUAAUAUGGAGGAUCAGUUGCAGAAGGUUAAUAGCAAAAUAGCUGAUCUAAACAAACAACUGGAAUCCGAGGUGAACAAGUGCAAUGAGGAGAUUAAUACGAUACAGAAGAAGAUCGAAGAGGAAACGGCUGAAGAUGGGGAACGGGAGAAAAUGUUGGAUGAGUUGACUGAACAGGUGAACCAAGUUGAGAAGGAAUUCAAAGAGAAAGAACAUAAAGAAAAUGAACUGAUGGAGCGAGUGAAGGAUUUGAACCUGAACGAUCUGGAGAAAAGUUCGGUUGUCAGCACAAACAAAACGGCAAACACUGGAACAGGUGAGGGCUGUCCUACCCAUGGAAAUAGUUGUUUUAAAGUUAUUGGAGAAGCAACAUCAAUUUGCUCGUCAAAGCACCUCUGGGUCAAAAGAUGUUGCUGGAUGUAGGUCUUCACCUGAGGACGUGGUUCAAACCGAAGACAAUAGUGUAUUGUCUGGUGAAGGUGUCUGGGUUUAAAUGUCAACUGGAUUCGUCUAUGUGGUUUUUUUUUUUUUUUUUUUUUUUUUUUUUUUUUUUUUUUUUUUUUUGUCUAUUCGUGUUGGGGACAUCUGCAAUAGACUGGCAUGCUAUCAAAAGGGAGAUAAAUCUGAUCUCCUUAAUCUUAUUCAAUCUGGAUCUACAUAUCAAAUACCUUGGACUUUGUCUCGUUGAGGCAUUUGUCAUCAUGUAAAUAUUAACCUAGUAAAAACUAUCAUUAUACAAAUAUAACAUAAUAUAUACAUAUAAACAGAAAUGAGUGGUAGAAUAAUAGCAAUAAUAGCUUUUAUAUCAUUAAAAAAAAAGAAAAUUAUUUUGACAGUUCAUAACUCAUACAUUUUCACCCCCAUUCCUUUAACUCUACUACAGCUAUUUGGAAAGAUAAAUAGUGAAAAAUACCUGAGCAGGUAUGCUAAGGUGAUAACAUUAUCUCCCUGUCUCAGCAGAGGAUUCAACUUGUAACUUGAAAAUAAUAAAUUUUCCAUACAAUAGAAUAUUAGAGCUACAGUUGUUAUCAGAUCGCUGCACAUACACGUACUGUCUACACUUUGAGCACUGCUCCAAAUGUUAUUUCACAUACCCCAUAUACACAGCAUAUGGAGGAGAGUGCACUGCUUUACAUAUAUACCCUACACUCUGAGUAGUGAUUAGAGGGUAUUGCUCCAAACAUUAUAUACUUAUUGUACAUUCACCACACGCACACACACACACACUUUUUAGACUUUACAAAGAUCAAAGAACAGGCCAUCAAACUUCCAUACUUUGCAAUCAGCACUGGUCCAUUUCCAGGCUGUAUGCCUUCCUGUCUCUUCUACCAUCACUACUCCAAUAUGCUAUGCUCCGCUGAACAUUGCCAAUUCUAUACCCUCUACUUAUAGAAUUUCAUUUUGUCUUCCCAUCACCUUACCAAAAAGCAUUCUAAAUGCUCACCCAGUUUUUUUCCACUUCCAGAACUGCAUUGUCCCCCUUGGAAUCUGCCAUAUCCAUAUUUUCCCUUCAGCCAAUAACCUGCAACAAUUCUAGCUAAUCAUCACUAGCUUCCAUUAAGGGGGAGAGCCAAGACGGGGACUCUACAGUUUAACAGUCUCAUCUCUUUUUCCCACAGAUCAAAGUAAUUAAGGAGAAGAGCUAAAAAAGUGGUUAUAUAGAGUUUGACACUCUCCUCUUCUUUAGACUGAUAAAAACAGUUGAGGGGGCCAAAAAGGGAGCUAUAGAGUUUGACCCCCCCCCUCCCUUCUUUUACAGACUGAUAAAAACUUUUAAGGAGAGAGGCCAAAAAGGAGCAUUGUAGAGCGUGACCCCCACUCCUCUCUUCUUCAGACUGACAAAUAUAAACUGUUGCUAAUAAACUUUGUGUGUGUGUGUGUGUGGGUGUGUUCUAAACCUGGCCCAAGACAGUGGAGAGAAUCUCAAUGUUUUUGGGGUCCAAAAUCUCUCCAGGGCUUUACUUUGCAUUUAUCACUUCCAGGAAGAAUGCUGUAAAGGAUGUCUGAACAUCAACUCACCUGAGUCGAUUUAAUUGACUACCAUCACCUGUCUACAAAAAUUCACCAUGUUUCUAGUCAAUAUAUAUUAAAUAAUCAUUGUGUGUGUGUGUAUCAUUAUAUAUAUAUAUAUAUUGUGUGUGUGUGUGCAUAUAUAUAUAUACACACACACAUACACAUGUGUAUAUGCAUCAGUAUAUGUGUAUGUAUAUGCAUGCAUACUGUGUGUAUGUGUGUAUGUAUAUAUAUAUAUAUAUAUAUAUAUAUAUAAUAUAAAUAAUAUAUAAACAUGCAUAUAUCCAUACAUAUAUGUACAUACCUACAUCUAUAUGCAUACAUACACGCAUAUAUUGUAUGUAUGAUUAUACACACAUGUAUGUGUAUCCGUGUGUAUGUGUGUGUAAAGCCAAAUAAAACGCACUAACAUGUUCUUCCCACCCCUCUUGUUAGAGAAGCACCAUGGCCAGUAAAUACGAUGCUAAACGUCUGGCUCGAAACCCACGGGUCCGGAUCCUAUCGCUAAAAUUGUAUUUUAUCUCCCAGUUUAGCAUUAAAAAAAUUCUUUUUAAAUAAAAAUGAAAAAAACUAAUUAGGAGAUAAUUAACUGUAAUUAAUGCUAUCUUGCCUUGUUGUGACUGAAACGUCUGGGUUGAACAGUUAUCUCCCCUUUAACUUAUAGAAGUCGACCAUAUUUUUUAUUCAAGAUGCAUUUUGUUUGUUUGAAAGAUUGUUUUCAUUUUUUUUGUUUUUUUUAAUACAUUUUCAUUAAAGAUUUCUUACACACAUA